AUGCCCCACCUGUACUCGGCCGCCUGCCCGUCUCCCCCCCCGUCGCAACUGUUCGCGUGUGCAGCGGCGGUCGCUGUGGGUGGGAGAGGGAGGACGGGAAGGGAUUGGCGGCCCAACCGACGCGCCAGCCAGCUCGCACCCCGCCCAUCUCCCGUACGCCACCCGCAUCUGCACGACCUGUCCCUGCCCCUCCCCGUCCCUCCCUCGUCGCGCCUUCCCCCUCUACCGCGCCUGCCUAUGCCGUGUUGGGCGGUGGUGGGUGUGGAGGACAGUGGGGGCGGCGGCGGCGGGAAUGGCUGGAGUUGCGGGAGUGGCGGGAUUGGCGGCUCAUGUGGGGGGGUGGGGGAGGCGUGGGGGAAAGGGGUGGUGGGCGGCUCUUGCCCCGUGCCCGUGCCCGUGCUGUCUGCCCGUGUUCCCUGUGCUUCUGCUCGUGCUCUACCCGUGCUGUUUGUUCCCGUGCGUGCCCCACCUGUACCACCCGUGCUGUCAGUGCCCGUGCUGCCCCGUUCUGCCCGUGCUACCUCCCCUUGUGCUGCCCUGUUCUGCCUGUGCUGCCCCGUUGUCCCCUUGUUGCCCCGUUCUGCCCGUGUUGCCCCGUUCAGCCCGUGUCCUGCCCCGUUCAGGCCGUGUCCUGCCCCGUUCUGCCCGUGUUGCCUCGUUCAGCCCGUGUCCUGCCCCGUUCUGCCCGUGUUGGCCUGUUCUGCCCGUGCUGCCCCGUUCUGCCCGUUUGUGUCCUACCCGUGCUGUCCGUACCCGUUGGUGCCCCACCCGUGCUGUCAGUUCUCGCUCGUGCCCCACCCGGUCUGUGCUGCCCGGUCUCGUGCUGCCCGUCACCCCCAUUCUGGCGGAGGCAAAGAGGAGGAGGCAGCUGUGGCAGGAGGGGAAGGAAGGGAAGCAGGGGCAGGAAGGGCACGCUGCCGUUCUGGCAGAGGCAGUUAUGGCCGGAGACGGCGUGGCAGGAGGCAGAAGGUAAUGGAGAGAGGGGAUGGGCAUGAGAGAGAGGGGGAGAAGGCCCGCGUUUGCAGAGGUCGACUGGAGAGUGAUGGGGCACAGAGCGUUCUUUAUGGUGCUCGUAUGGUCUGUUGCUCUCUUAAUCAUCUUCCUCACCCAUCCCGCUACCGUGCCCUUCGUACUUGCAAGCUCCCCAUCUGCUGGUUCCUCGUGCCCUCCUCCAUCCCCGCUAAUGUGUUCCUAUCAUCGCAUUAG